AUGACAGUUGCUGAUGUUCUUCAAAAAGCGCGCCAGGAUGGCAGGACACUCCUCACAGAGGUGGAAUCAAAGGAAUUGCUGCGGGAGUCCGGCAUUCCCGUGACGGACACCCUCCUGGCCCGCACCAGGGCCGAGGCUACCAAGCUGGCCCAGCAGAUGGGGCUGCCCGUAGUCCUGAAAGUGGUCUCGCCAGAGGUGACCCACAAGAGCGACGUGGGCGGUGUCAAGGUCGGCCUCGACAGCCUGCGGCAGGUCAGAGGCGCAUUCGACUCCAUAGUAUCCUCCACCCAGGAGGCGGUUCCGUCGGCGACCAUUCUGGGAGUCUCGGUGCAGAAGAUGGCCGACCCCGGCGUAGAGAUCAUCAUCGGCGCCAACAAGGACCCCCAGUUCGGUCACGUCAUCAUGUUCGGACUUGGCGGAGUGCUCGUGGAGAUGCUGAAAGACGUGUCCCUUCGACUGGUGCCCCUGACCCCACGAGACGCCCGCGAGAUGGUGCGCGAGAUCAAGAGCCUUCCCCUUCUCCAGGGAUACCGCCAGUUCCCGGCCUGCAGCCUGGAGAGUAUUGAAGAGGCUCUUCUGAAACUGUCGAGCUUCCUGGAGCAGCAUGAAGAGGUGAAGGAGCUCGACCUCAACCCCAUCUUCUGCUACUCCGACGGGCUGGUCGCCGUGGACGCCCGGGUAGUCCUGGAAGAAGAGUAA